AGUCUCCCGACCGCACUAUCCCUCGCUCUCAUCGCUGAAGUCUACACUUCUCUUCUUCGAAAUGAUGAAGCUGGUGUUAGUGCUGUGUGCCGUGACGGGCGCCGCCCUGGCCGGCCCUGCCGAAGACACCAGCGUCCAGAGAUCCAAGAAGACGGUCGACCCCCUGGUCACAGGGGCAGCCUACAACCCGUACUAUUCUGGCGUGGCUGGCCGCUACUCCGCCCUGGGCUACACAGGAGCCUACCCCUAUUCGGCAGCCUACAACCCCUUGACUGAUGUCUACCCCUACACAGCUAAAACCUACCCCUACACAGCCAAAACAUACCCCUACACAGCUGGAACAUACCCCUACACUGCUGGAACAUAUCCCUACAAUACAGCUGCCCACCCCUACACCGCUGCUGGCGCCUACCCCUACACGGCAGGGAUAAACGGUUAUCCGUACACUGCUGGGACUUACCCACAUGCUGCUGCCGCUGGAGUUCUCCCCUAUGCUGGAUAAGGAAGACGAACCGUUCUGCAAAUUCAUUAUGACAAUGUUCUAGUGCCUUCUGUGUUACUAAUAUUGUAUAGUACUGGCUUUAAUACUUCAGUAGUCAAAUAAAAAUAACUGUGGAGAAAUUCAA